UGGUGGAGAGAAAGUAUCCGAUUCCUUGAGUUGUAAUACAAGUGAUUGGGACUGGAGCAGCUGAUUGACGAACGAUUACCGUCUUGAAGCAAACUGGAAAGACAAAAGCUGAUAUCCAACCAUCCAGAGCGAGAGACAGCAGCUGAGCAUACUGCAGGAGCAGUGAGGACUGGAACAGAUACAGAAGCUUAUCAAGAGGUGGGCUAUGUAUCCAGGUAUUGCCAGAGUCUGGAACUUCAAGACCCUAACUACCCGAGAGAAUGAAGCCAAUUGGAGAAUCCCCAUCAACCCCGAGCAGAGGGCAGACUGAGGUCAGCAGGAGUUCGACCGAGCAGGAGGAAGGAGAGGAGGACGUCCCGACAUUACGCUAUUCCUUCCUUAGUGAGCCUAAGUUACUGAGGACCAGACAGCUGGUGUUUGCCUAUCAUGCCGGGAGACACGUUCCUCGCCUUCGGGAACCCCUCAGUCUUUAUGCGGUCACAUCCUCGGGGUCACAGCUCGCCCCACGAUGGCCAAUAGAGUGCGAGGUCAUCAAGGAACAGAUCCACCACAUUGAGUGGAGCCCUCGAGAAGCUGAGAGGCUAUCCCAGCCCAGUCAACAUGAGGAGGUGCCAGAGUGUGGUGGGAAACAUGGCAGAACCGUGGUAUUUUGUAUCGAUGGAGCCAGGAAAGGUUCGUACUUCACCCGCUCCCGUAUUGGGGGUCACCGAGGUCUGCUCCAUCUCGCUACAGCUGGUGCCGACAGCGAGGCGCUGAUCUUCGAGUCGAGAUUUGAGAGCGGAAACCUGCAGAAAGCCGUCAGAGUAGGGACGUACGAUUAUGAGCUGACUCUCCGCACGGACCUGUACACAGAUAAACACACCCAGUGGUAUUAUUUCAGAGUGAGGAAUACCAAGGCAGGAGUCACCUAUCGCUUCACUAUUGUCAACUUGAUGAAGGCCAGCAGCCUGUACAGCCAGGGCCUGAAGCCUCUCCUGUACUCGGAGCAGGAGGCUACGCAGAGGCAGGUGGGCUGGUACCGAGUGGGCCAGCAGAUCCGCUACUACAAGAAUGGCCUGAGCCAUGAGGGCAGGAGCCUGUACUCACUGACCUGGAGUUUAAAGUUCCCCCAUAGAAAUGACACGUGCUAUUUUGCCCACUCGUACCCGUACACCUACAGCCACCUACAACGCUACCUGGCAGCCAUCGCCAGUGACCCAGUCCAGUCCCAGUACUGCAAGGUACGGGUCUUAUGCCACAGCCUGGCAGGCAAUAUCGUGCCCGUACUGACCAUUACCUCACCGGCCAGGAGCCACGAGACCAGCCCUGCCAAGAAGGCAGUGGUGGUGACGGCCAGAGUUCACCCAGGGGAGACCAACAGCUCCUGGGUGAUGGCUGGCUUCCUGGAUCACCUCCUGGGCAACUCGGACGAUGCCUGUCUCCUACGCGACAUGUUCAUCUUUAAAGUGGUUCCCAUGCUCAACCCAGACGGGGUGAUAACAGGCAACUACCGCUGCUCGCUGACAGGUCGUGACCUGAACCGGAACUACCGCACCAUGCUUCGGGAGGCGUUCCCCUGUGUCUGGCACACCAGGAAUAUGGUGCAGCGGUUACUGGAGGAGCGGGACGUGGUCAUUUACUGUGACUUCCAUGGACACAGCAGGAAGAACAACGCAUUCAUGUAUGGCUGCAACAACAACGAGACUGCAUCACUGCGAUUCCAGGAGAGGAUCUUCCCCCUCAUGAUGAGUAAAAAUGCAGCGGAUAAGUUUUCUUAUCAGAGUUGCAAGUUCAAAGUUCAAAGGGGAAAGGAGGGCACAGGUCGGAUUGUGAUGUGGAGGAUGGGAAUAACUCACAGUUACACAAUGGAAACAACCUUUGCGGGAUCCACCCUGGGGCCACGAAGAGGGACUCACUUCAGCAUUGAAGACCUCAAGUCACUGGGCUAUCAUUUCUGUGACACCCUGUUGGACUUCUGUGACCCUGACAGCUCAAAGUUUGAGCAGUGUUUGGAAGAGGUACGGACAGUGCUGCAAAGGGAGCUCCAUCUACGCUGGGAGAAGUCAGGCCGGGAAUACGAUCCCAAUGUGUCCCUGUGCGAUAUGUCCAUAUCCGACUUCGAGUCCAGUACCAGUGGAUCUGACAGCUCAGAGUCAGAUGGGCCCCCAGCACAUCUAAUGAGACUUGCAGAGCAGUCACGGCAGAAAAAGAAACGGCUGAGGACCAGAAAGGAGAGAAACAAACUGCGGCAGUUCCUCAGUGGGCCAGGCCUGCCUGCUCGCAUCAAGCAUCAGACACUCCAGUCUCGAUUCCGGGAGCAGAUUCCACCAGCACAGCCCUGGAUUCCCCAUCCCAUCAGUACACUGUCUGUCGUCUGUGCUGUCAACAGUAAGAAAAAGGCUGCAUUGUUUGAUGCGGUCAACUAUCGUUGGGGGCUGAACUCCACUCCGGGACAGAAAUACGGUAUGGUUUGUGGGUCAUACUUCCUGAAGUAA